AUGGCAGUGCCAAGCCUCGAUGACUUACUCGCCGAGCUGGACAGGCAAGAAGAACAAGAAGCAGAAAGCACAGUGCAGAAUGAGCCGACAAGGAGCAAGCCCAGCGAGUCCUGCGCGGAGGAGGCAGUGACAACAGGGUAUGUCGAAGGCGGAAGUGCGCCGAGUGCGAAGAGAAGGGGCGGGCGCUUCACGCAAAUGGUUGGCACCAGUACUUCCGAUACUAGCCAGUCCAGCAAGAUGGAAAGUGCUGCACAAAGCGGCACUGUCACCUCUGCUUCCAUUGCGCAAAGAUAUGGGAGACCGUUGAGCUGCGGUCAUGACUGCGACGCAUCAACCCAUGAUGAUGAUCGGAGUCCUCAUACAAGCUUGACGGCUACAUCUGGUCAAGCCGCGCAGGAGCCCGAGACUUUGCCACGCUUUUCUGAACUGCUUUCACAACUGGAUGUGGACGUAAUGGACACAGAUCGCCAGAAAGCACAGGCGGAAGCUGCCGCUUUUGAGGAGAGACAAAGGCAAGCCAAGCACGAGGCCGCUCAGAAAGCUGUGCAGGACGAGAUUCGUCGAGUGGAAGCUGUGCGUGAAGCGUGGGAGCGGCACCGCAUGGCAGCUGAGGAGUCUGAGGAGCGUCGGCGAAGGGCCAAUCGUCAUGCCAUUGCAUUGGAAGAAAAGACGCGGCGAAUGGUGCAGAAGCAGACCUCCAAGCGGAUGAUGCAAAAAGAGGAGGAGCAGAGGCUCUAUCGUCAAGAGAAGGAGCGAAGAAAGGAGGAGCGUUUGCGCAGUGAAGCAGCAAAGAUGUCCGAAAAAAUUCGCCGAAUGGCAGAAAGCGGUUACGCUUUGGGCCCAAGCGGCUGGGUAAGACUCGACUGGCUAUCAAAUGGACAAGCAGACGUCGGCAUGCCUAAUUUUGAGGUAGUUAAGGGGCCAACAGAAGAAGAGGAGAGUGAGUCGGAGGAAGGCUCAGCAGAUGAUGCUGAUCCAGGUGACCCAUUCGAGGUGGUGGACCAGAGGCCCGUACCAGAGGAAGAACAACUACAGCCGGAGCCUGUUUCUCUCGAUGAUGUGCUGGCGGACAUCGACAGAAAGCAGCGGGAAGGAUGGGCAUCUGGAGCUGAACCCGGGGACUUGAACACCGUGUUGGGAGUGCUUGCCGCUGAUGAGGAGCGGGAAAAGGCAGAAACGGCGGCGAUUCAAGUGAGGCAGAACUAUGAAGAAUUGGGUGAGGUGGAGAACUUGGAGGAAGAACUGCCUCCGGAUGCCACGCAGUCAGCUGCCAAAGUCCUGCACGUGGCCAAAAGUCGGCGGCCUGACGGCAAUUUCAGCGACGCGAUCAACUCUGAAAGUGCACUCAAGCCUUUCAAUGACUUCGUGGAAGAGAAGCAGGAAGGAGUAAAUUCCUACGAGGAGCGGCAGGCGAGAUCCGCCGCCAUCCAGGCAAAGCUGCAGGCUGCUCGCAAUCGACUGUCUCUUGUGCGCUAUGAACGCUAG